AAGCAAAGCUCAAUUUUUCAAAGCUAUGAUGAAAAACAAAUCAAGCCUACCUUGUUGCAUUUAAUUUCGCUAAUCGCUACUCUCUAGCCCACAAAAUUGUAUGAAAGAAUGGUUUGCAGUUUGCACUUAGCUUAGACUAAACUAUUAUUGGAUUGGCUUUGGCUACCAGAUAGGCGGAAAAUGUUUACUGACUGCGAGGUCGUUAGCUCAGGGUUUCCUGCUGGCUCGAAACUGUCUAGAGAUAAUGAAGACAGCUCUACACAAACAUUAGAUAUUAGAAGAGAAAAUCAAAAUACUCAGACUGCCAAUGCUCAAACUACUGGGGUACAAACAGAGAGCACUGAAGGGGAAGUUGCAGAAACAAAGUACGAUGAAGAAAAACUUACUGAGUUCCUGAAUCGCAUGUGUCCUGCAGUAGUAAAUGAAUUAGAUCGCAUCAGUCGCAGCAAUGCUUUUGCCUCAUAUUCACUGUUAAGUGAGGAGGAGGACGUAGAAGAACUGCUAAACAUCCCAAACACUACUGAAGGUGUGAAGGUGGUAGAUCUAUCCUGGAGUGCUACAGGCAGUGUUUUGGCAGUGGCAAGCUGUCAUACAUUGCACAGCGGCUGGUGUCAUCACCAAGGCUAUGUCACACUCCAUAACAUUGAUAAAGACAGCAGGAUUCCUAGCUGUACCCUCAAUGCGACCUCUUGUGUACGCAGUGUCAGCAUGCAUCCUUACUUGUCCUCCAUUGUUGCUGCAGGCACAAUUACAGGUGAAGUGUUUGUAUGGGAUACAGCUGGAGAGACCAGCAAGACAUUGGCCAAGGUGACAGCAGCCAGCCACAACGACUCUGUCACUGAGGUGAGGUGGGUUCUCGGCACAGGGACCUCGGUGUAUCUGGUGUCAGCUGCUCAUGACGGAUACCUCAUACUAUGGAAAGUCUCUCCCCAUCUCUCAUCUUACCAGUUGAUGGAGAGGUACACAUUUGAUCUAUCAUCUUCUAAAGUUGGAGUGUCAGCUUUUGCCUUCCCUCAUCACCAACAGGACGUGUUUGUGGUAUGUCUGGAGGGAGGAGCUGUGAAGCACUGCUCUACAACGGUUGCCAAGCCUGUUACCUCAGUCAGAAGUUUGCAGCCUCUUAAGGAUCCUGUUAUUAGUUGUUUUGAACAACAUCCUGCAACUGUCACGUGUGUGGAAUUCUCUCCCAACCAUGACAAUGUAUUUGCUACUGUGGCGACAGAUCAAGCCAUUCGCAUCUGGUGUCUCUUACAGAGAUGUUGCCAACGAGUGAUAUGGUGUGGUGCAAUGGUGGGGUUGAGCUGGAGCCCGGUGCAAGCCCAUGUGUUAGCUGCUUGGGGUCACUCAAACAAUGUGAAACUUUACAACUCCAACACUGGAGAUGACCUCAUAUCUUUAGCUCCUGAUGGACGGAAAGAUAAAGCUCAAAUAUCCUGUGUCAGGUUCAAUUGUAAAAGCACUGGACUGCUUGGAGUGGGAGACUUGGGUGGGAGAGUUGAAGUCUGGGAAAUUCCAUUACUUGUGUCAACUAAAGGUGAAAUACUUAAAUAACUGCAGUGAAAAUAAGAGCUUCGCUGGAGCACAAUUUCUUGAAUUAGUUUGAUCUCUCAAGCUUGUACUCAAGAAUCGACUCAGAUACAUAAAAUAGGGAGUCGAUUAUGCCGAGGUCAGAUGUCAGGUGUUCUACUAUACGAGUAGUUUAGGGUUAUCCAUUGUGAAAUAUUGUAAAUAAGUAUCAUUAAAUCUGAAUA